AGAGUUUGCGACGGCUUCUACCUUGCACCCCACCUUCUUCGCAACUACUUUUAGUGCAAAAUUGUUCUCACUAUGCCCUUCGUUAUCGGGCAUAUACACCUUGGCCCUGUCCUUCAGUAUUUUCUUCUGCGAUCUGAUAGCCGUUGCUGAAUCCCCUUUCCAUCCUAAUCUCUCCUUGUUCAACUCACGUGUUGCAGUCCAAUCGACCUCCUUGUACGUCGCAGAUGAACCUUUCCACAUCGGUCGUUCUUUCAGCACGACGUCGAUACCUUCGUCCAAAUUGAAUAGAUUCAUACGCUUCUUGUCGUUUUUGAAUGUGUCUUUCAACCAUUCAGCGCUUGUGGUCAUGCGACUGCGAUACGUGCCUAGUACGGCGUUUUGCAACGACCGCAAUACUUCUGGGUUCUCCUUGGCAAGUUCCAUGUUGCCCGCAACGAAUUGUCCUAUGCCUUCGAAAACGUCGGGGAGUUUUCUGGCAUCAUCCCACAUCCUUUGAGGUAUGUAAUCUCCCUUUGUCCAUCCAAGAGAAUCGAACUUCUCGGCUGUGGCGGCGACAUCCGUCGGUACACCCGUGAAGCCAGCAUCGAAGACGUUGGGGAGACUUUUCUUGUUGGCAUCAUCGAUGAUCUCUCUUAUGAGGGCGUUAUCAUCGGCAGGGCGUUUCAGUCCAGGGACAACUUUGUAUCUUCCGUCCCAUUUGCUGCCUGCCUUUGCAAUCCGGAGGUCGUCUAAUGCCCUGACUAUUACGAACAUGGUUUUCUCCCAGCCGCCUGGCAAUCCGCGGGCAUCCACCAGAAGACCACAUUCAAAGACU